AUGCUCGGCCCGCGCGGUUUGGCCCGACACGCUGGGCGAGAACAUGAUGGUCAACCAAGGGGUGAUAACCACGGGCCAUACCUCAACAGUGUCAUCUGGUCCCUGGCGGCGCUUUCAACUUUAUUUCUCGGCCUGCGAGUGUACUCCAAACUCCUCAGGCGGCGACAAUUAUGGUGGGAUGAUUAUUUCCUGAUUGCGAGCUGGACCGCACUGAUCGUCUCGGUGUCCCUACAGUCGGUGGGAGUUGCACACGGCCUCGGGAGCCACUAUGGCGAGCUAGAUGAGGGAUCCAUCACCGCCGUCGCUAUAUACUCCAUUUCGGCGGGGUUCGGUUCUAUCCUCGCGACUUGUUGGAGCAAGACGUCCUUUGCCAUCUCCCUACUUCGGAUCUCCACAGGCAGAACUAGGGCGUUCGUAUGGUUCAUCCUUGUCUCUGUGAACCUUGUGAUGGGUUCCGUCGGGGUGAUUCAGUGGGUACAAUGCUGGCCUGUCCGGAAAUUGUGGUACCAUGAGGUGGCGGGCUCGUGUUUCCCGCCGGAGAUUGUCCAGAACUACAACACUUUCACGGCUGCAUACUCUGGCUUGAUGGACAUCGUUCUUGCGCUCCUUCCGUGGAAGAUCAUUUGGACUAUUACCAUCAAGAAGAGGGAAAGGCUGGGCGCCAUGGUGGCCAUGAGCACCGGUGUUCUGGCGGGAGUGAUGGCUUUUCUCAAGAUCAAGACUCUGUAUGUCAUUGGCAACGACGACACUACAACGGUGGACCUCUUUAUUUUUGGCACGGCCGAACCCGCAACCGCCAUUAUGGCCGCUUCGAUUCCGAUACUCCGGAACCUUCUCCGCCGAGAGUCCCAAGUGAAACCAGCUGAGUUCAUCCAGCUGGCUGGUAAUGGCCAACAAGAAGUAGGACAGUCGCCCACCCCCGAGGAAGCUAAUAACGAGGAGAGAAAGCAAGAAGCCGGGCAGUCGUGGGCGAGGAUAGCUCAACUGGAACAAGCCCAACUUCUCAAAGGAACGGCUAGUUUACCCCGGGCCUCUCUCGGUUUGGAUGUCGAUAUGGGACGGAUAAUCUCGGACAUCAUGUGUUAUUAUAUGAGGCGGAAAGGUUGUGGGAUUAAUAACUACAUCGUCAUUGAAUCAUCCAAGCCACAGCUGAAGCGCACCUGGAAUCCAACACUAUUACACUGCUCUCUAGCGACCAAUUACCUGGAUUGA